UCUCCGGUUAGGCAGCUCGAACGGUGUGAAUUUUUGUCUCAAAACUAAGCGAGGAAGGCAUAUUAACUUCUGAGAUUGAAAAUUGAACAGUGACUUGACGAUAAUUGUGAAAAUCUCGGAAGAAAUGUUUGCGAAAAAAUUAUCAUGGAUAAACAAAAGAUUCAAGAAAGGUAUAGCUCUUUCAAAAGCUCUCCACAGGUAGGGGAUCCGUCUCAGUACACAGAUUUUGAAAUUUCAAAAGAUCCGCUGGAAUGGCUAUAUGUGGAACGACUCCUGACGCCAAAAACUGUACCGCCUGCUCCGACAUCUACAGCCAAGCAGUAUCCAUCAGGCUGGGCGCCUCAAUCUGAGGAUGCUCUGAAGCUACCAUAUUUCGUUAGCAGAACCAGGAACUAUUUACAACCAGUUUACCUUCAACGAUCGUUUCGAGGUAUGCGCAGAAUAACAAUCCUUCGUAAAAUUGAAGGAGAUAUAUGGCUCCUCGAAGCUGAGCUGAAAAAACACUUGGAAGAAACCACUGGAAAAUCAAUUGGUACCCAAAUUCACGAAGUUGCAGGCAUAUUAAAAUUUAAAGGGGACCAAGUCAUCCGCAUUAAAGAAUGGUUGACUACAAAAGGCCUUUAAAAUUAAAUAGUUAGGUAAUAGAUGUACACAAUCUGUUGUAUAUUUAAUCAGCUGAAUAAACACUAUUAUUGUUAUUGAUAAUUA